AUGAAUAUCCUACACUCCACGCUAUCUACCUGGCGGGAUCGUCUGGCUCCAGUCUCCCGAACUUCCACUUUUCGCUCUACUGGUCAAAUCACCCCAGAGGAGUUUGUUCUUGCCGGCGAUUACCUUGUCUACAAGUUCCCCACAUGGUCUUGGGGUGACGCCUCCAGCCCGGCGAAACGCGUUCCCUACCUUCCCGCCGGGAAGCAGUUUCUUGUUACACGUGGUGUACCAUGCCACCGUCGGCUCAACGAUAAUUUUGCCGGGGACGCAGGCCACGAAGAUGAGAUCGUGAGGGAUAUGCUCUCGGGCGAAGGUGCAGGUGGCUCAGUUGGUGAUGACGGUGAUGAUGGAUGGCUUCGAACUGGAGGCGGCCCCGACCGGGAUCAACAGGAAGCUCGUAUCCGCGAUGUGCGUACGGUUGACGAGUCUGGAAACCUCGGAGAACAAGAAGAUGAAGAGGAAAUCCCAGAUAUGGAGGAUGACGACGACGAUGAAGAAGCGAUUAUUCGCGAGCCUGCAGGACAGUCAGGAACAUCACAGUCUCUGCGCACCUAUACCUUAUACAUCACCUACUCCAACUUCUACCGCACACCCCGCCUCUACCUAUCUGGAUACCUCUCUCCCUCAGAACCACUUCCACCUCAUCUGAUGAUGGAAGAUAUCGUCGGUGACUACAAGGAUAAAACAGUGACUCUGGAGGACUUCCCAUGGUUUGAUGGAAGUGUGAAGAUGGCGACCGUGCACCCAUGCCGUCACGCUUCAGUGAUGAAGACAUUACUGGACCGCGCCGACGCAGCGCUCAAGCUCCGACGCGAUAAGCUAAAGCAAACCCAGUCUCGUGAAGAGGCGAAUCGCAUCCUGCAAGCAAGCGGAAACGGUCUGGAAGGUCUGGUUGAGGAUACGAAGGGCAUGUCUCUCGAGAACCAACAGGGGGAUGAAUGGGAGGUUCUUCAGCAUGAUGAGGAAGAACAAGUUGCUAUCCGGGUGGAUCAGUACUUGGUCGUGUUCCUCAAAUUCAUUGCGAGCGUUACACCGGGCAUUGAACAUGACUUUACGAUGGGGGUAUAA